AUGGCGUCGUCGUUCAUAUCGCAGGUGCGCUCUCCCCCCUCUCAACGAGUCACGCCGGUCACUCGUUCUCCCGCCAUCGCUCAUCAGCCACCUCCGCGGAACUCCCGCCCCUCUGCCACACUCCCCGCUGCCACACUCCCCGCUGCCACACUCCCCGCUGCCACACUCCCCGCUGCCACACUCCCCGCUGCCCCCCUCCCUCUGUCUGCCACCCCUUUGCCGCCCGCCCUGCGCGCAGGUGCUGCUGCGCGUGCUGCGCGCGUACAUCCGCGACGCCGACGGCGCGGCGGCGUCCGACCUGAGCGUGUCGUUGUCGGGCGGCUCCCUCACGCUCCGCAACUUCGAGCUCAACCUGCCAGUCCUCUCCCCUCGACCCUAUGUGUAUGGCACUGCCAGCGUGCCACACCCCCGUAUACCCCCCUCUCUGCUCCACGCACCGCCCUCUUAAUGCAAUGCGGCGAACACCAUCCCAUCACGCACGACAACCCGCCACCCCGCCCCUCCCCAUCCUGCCCUCCCUCCACUUCCCUCCCCCACGCUCACCCCCCACCAGUCCCCCCGCACGUGCGCGUGGCGGUGCGGCGCGCGUGGGUGGGCGAGCUGCGCGUGACCAUCCCCUGGGCCGCGCUGGGCUCGCAGCCCGUGGCACUGGCGCUGCACGGCGUGCGCCUGUACGUGGAGGCAAUGGAGGGGGCGGAGGGGGAUGACGGGCAGGGGACGGGCUGGGAGGAGAGGGUGAGGAGUGGGGGGAGUUGCGGUGGCAAGGGGGGCGAGGAGGGUGCAAGGGAAAUUUGGGGGGGCGGUGGAUGGCAGCAGGGGAUGGGGCCAAAAGAGGGUGAGCGGGGCGGUGGUGGGGGCGAGAGGGGGGGCGAUGGAGGAGGGAACGAGGAGGAGGGCGGUGGUGGCAGCGACAGCGACUCAGACUCACACUCGUCGCAGGGCAGCAGCAGCAGCAGCGGGGCGGGGCAUGCGAGGGAGGAGCUGGCGGAGCUGCUGGCGCUGGGGGGGCUGCGGGCGUUCCUGCACCACACCGUGCUCAACGCGAGUGUGACUGUAACGGACGUGCUCCUGCAGUACUCCACGCCCUCUGCUGUGCUGUCGCUGCGCUGCGAUAAGCUCCUCCUCCACUCCACUGCACCUGACUGGACCCCUGCCUUUGUGCCACCAGAGGAAGGCGUGAGGAAGGUUCUGGAGGUUACUGGCCUGUCUGUGGAUGUCGCAAGUACAUCCCGCCAAUCACACAACGCCACGUGUCAGGCCAGCCAAGGAUACGAGGCAGGUGUGCACUUUGACGUGGCAGCCACUGAUUGGUCCGUGGCUGCGAUGCUGGAGGGCGCCGAGCUGUCUCUUGUGAACAGCGUGGGCGGCGGCAAGGAUGGCAGUGGCGGCGGCAAGGAUGGCAGUGGCGGCGGCAAGGAUGGCAGUGGCGGCGGCAAGGAUGGCAGUGGCGGCGGCAAGGAUGGCAGUGGCGGCGGCAAGGAUGGCAGUGGCGGCGGCAAGGAUGGCAGUGGCGGCGCAUCUGUGUGCUCCAACAGCGAGGCCCUCCACCUCAGCGCAGAGGAAUGGCACGACGCAGCCGCGCUGCCAAGCCUGGAUGCGGGCGUUGCCAGCCCAGCCUGCCAUUCGAAGCUGGAGUGCAGGCUCGGGGCCGUGCUGGUGGAGGCGGAGGGGCGGGGCAGGGCGGUGCAGGCAGCGAGUGCAAAGGUGGGCGCCGUGGCACUGGCUGUGGCAGUUCCAGGGAGCUGCACUUCAGCUGCCGCUUCAGGUGCCGAGGUCAACACAGCUGAUUCCUCAGGUGGUUCAGAUCCUAGCGCAGCAGCGGAGCCGUCUUCUCUCCGUCCUUUUCUCCGCCUGCACACGCGGCAGCUGGCAGGCGAGGCAGGAGUGGCAGCAGUGGGGGGCCGAGGGGAGGGCGCGGUGGGGUCGUAUGGGAGCCUGCAGGCGCCGCUGCUGCACUCGCUCGCCCCAUUGGGUGCCGUGCUGCCCGCUCACGCAGCAGCAGGGGGAGAGCGACACACCGGUGCUGGCGGGGAGGGAAGAACAGGGGCAGCAGGGGGUAGUGCGGGUCGAGGAGGGAAGGAAGAUGAGGAGGGGUGGAGUGUGGAGGGGGUGUGGUGGCGCGGGGUGCGAGUGGCAGAGGCGUUUGAAGCCUCGCAGGCUGCCGGGCCGCUGGGGCUCACUGCUGACGUCAGCCUCUCCCUGCACGUGGGCCUCGUGGCAAUCUCCUAUUGGCCGGGCAUGGCCAGCACUGUGCUGCGGUGGUGGCAGGACGUGCACGCAUGCCGUGGUGGUGGAGGGGCGGAUGGGGGAGGGGCAGCGCAAGGGGCUGUGCGAGGGGAGGAACGGGUGGGCCAAUACGAGCCCAGCGCCCUGCCCACUGCCUCCUCACCGCGGUUGCCUGGCCCCCCUACAUCGUCCCCUGGCAGUGGUGGGUGGUUGCAGCGCGUGGCGCGUGUGAGCAGCGCCGAGGUGGGUGUGGACGGCGUGUCUGUGCGUGUGGCUGGCGGCCGUGGUGGGGGCAAGUGCAACAGCUGGGAGCAGAUGCAGACGAGAUGGGUGGGGGAGGAUGGCAGGGCGUGCGACGGCAGCAGGGCGCGGGUGACAGUGACGCUGCACGCACACAUGCACUGGCUGGACAACGCCCAGCUCUGCUCCACCACUCUGCUGCACCCAGCCUCUCUCCGUGUCGACUGCACGUGGGCCGAUGCUGCUGCCCCCUCGCCACACCCAUCCCUGCCACCAGCAGCACCGGCAGCACCACCAGGGCAGGCAGGAGUGGCAGCAGCAGCGCCCUCAACUGGAUUGCCAGCAGUGCCAGUCACGCUGCCACACGGGCCCGAAUGGGGUGCAAGUGGGGCGACACACCGUAAUGCCUAUGUAUUGGGAGAGGGGGGCGAGGGUGCGGUGGAGGCCAGCCUGGAUGCAUUCUCUCUGCAUGUCUCCCGCACGCAGGCCGCUGCGCUGCUCGCCAUGGCUGCUGCUGCCCUCAGAGACGCGAGCUGCAGUGCAGGUCGCGUCGCUGCCGCCACGCCUUCAACAGCAGAGCCACACGGCACAACGGCAGGGUUAACUGCAAGAGAGCAGGCAGGUGCCGCCAUGCCAGCCGUGCCAGCAAGCAAGCUGCAGGGCGUGGCCAAGCACGCACGUGUGCUGGAGGCUGCUGCUGAUGUCGUGUCGACCUGGAGCCACGUGGCAUCCUCAUCCUCAACACCAUCAUCGUCAGCAGCAGCAACAGAGCCCCCCAACGACUCCCCCUGGUGCGGCCAGCACGUGCAGCAGCAGGUGGGGGCGUUCUGCCAUGUGCGGGUGAGCCGCUUGGCGCUGGCAGGGGGGUGGAGCAGCAGCCGCUCACAGCCCGCCAGCCCCACACAGCGAGAGGCGUGGCUGCCGCAUGCGGUGGUGGCGGAGGUGCGAGGGCAGGCGCUUGGACGGCACACGUCACUCACACUGUCCGUUGAGUCGUUAUCGGUGGAGGCACUGCAUGCACUUAGGCAGAAAUCGCCACUGUGGAAGCACGUCACGACGGCUAAGGGACCAGGCGGCACUCUAACUGCGAAGUGCGUGCACUGCAACAAAUCCGUGACUGCUAACGCAACACGCAUAGGGGAGCACAUUUAUGGGACGCCGGAGGACAAGGAGAAGAAUGUGACGCCGUGCGACCACGAAGUCGCCAUCAAACUUCGAGCGGAAGCAGCAGCAGCUAAUGAGCGUGACGGAAGCGCCACUCUGUCAACCCUUGGCUCCACUUCAACCCUAGACGUCGAACCCACUUGGCGCGCACGGCAGCGGGACAUCCGCGACAUGGUGGAUGGCGCUCGACUGGACCAUUUAUGGGCUGCUGCAGUGGCUGAUAACGACUGGGCGUUCCACACGUCCAGGUCUCCAGCCGUGCAGAACUUCGCGGAUGCGGCUGUUGCCUUCGGGAAACAGUACACCCUCCCAUCCCCCUUCAGGGUUUCGGGUGUGCUGCUUCAAAAACUGGUAGCGGAUACCGCGGACAUUGUACGGCCCCUGAAGGAGAGUUGGAAGACUACUGGCUGCACCCUCUCCGUGGAUGGCUGGACCUGCAUGAAGAGUCGUGGGCUCGUGUGUGUCAUGGCCCACAAUGACACGGCGCCUGUCAUCGUGAAGACCGUGGACUCCAAGACCGCGAAGAAGACGGGGGAAUACUUGGCCGGUCUCAUCCAGCGCGCGAUCUGUGAUGUUGGAGACUCGAACGUGGUCCAGGUGGUCAUGGACAACGCCUGCAACAACCGGAGGGCGGCUGACAUUCUCCGUGACGGUUUUCCAGCAAUUUUCUUCAACAACUGUGCGGCGCACGUCCUGGAUCUGAUGCUCCACGACAUCGGGAAGGUCCGUGCUGUGCGGCGGGUGCUCAACCAGGUGCACAGGGUGGUUAUGAUCGUCAAGGGAAGCGCGUCUGCCGUCGUGCUCUUCGAGGAGUUGUUUAGCACAUUGUCCUUGGUGCGGCCCGGUGCAACACGCUUCGGCACGCAGGUUAUCAUGCUUACCCGCUUCCUGGAAGUGAAGAAAGCGCUCAAGGAGAUGGUGAUUAGUGAGGAGUGGGAGUCGGUGGCGGUGGCACGGUCUGAGGAGGGGCGAGCUGUCCGCCUGCUCCUCUUGGAUGAGGUCUUUUGGGACUGCGCGACAGCGGUCCUCCGCCUCAUGACACCCGUGUACGAAGUGCUGCGGGUGGUUGACACCCGUGCUCUAGUCAUGGGCCAGAUCUAUGGCCUCAUGCUAGAUGCCACGGUGAAGACAAACAUUGCGGCAGAGGCGGCAGCCAAAAUGAUGCUGAAACGCACAGCUCUCUUGCCGGCCAAAGACAAGCCGGCCUUUCUUGCCGCCAUCAAGGCUAUUAUAGCCAGGAGGUGGGACGUCCAGCUCCACAAUCCACUCCAUGCUAUGGGGUGGCUUCUAAACCCGCGCAAUCAGUACGGCAGAGAGGUGAAGAACGAUCCCGAGGUAAGGCGUGGGGCGGAAGCCGUGAUCCAGGCACGGUCCGAUGAUGCCCGUUGGGCAGCGCAGGUGCUGGUGGCGAGUGGGCGCUUGACGGAGGCAGAGUGGUGGCUGAUGUAUGGGGGGGAAUUGCAAGCGCUCAUGGGGAUGGCUGUGACGGUGCUGUCACAGCCAGUCACGUCUUCUGAGGUCGAACGCUACUGGUCCGCCAUUGCACGGGUGCAGAGGCGGGACCGUAACCGCCUCAGCGCCAAAAAGAUGAUGGACGUGACUGAGGUGGCGUUCGCCAGGAGGGCCAGGGAUGCUUUCGAUAGGAAAUCACGGGAGAGGGAGAAGCUUUAUGCCGAUCUGGCCAACGGCACCCUCAAGCAAGGGAGUGCCCCGUCACCCCCUGCCUCAGCAGCCGUAUCCGCGUGCCUGCACUCGUCCAUGCGCCCACGCCCACCCGUGCGCCCUGCGGAGCGACCACCAGCUACUCACGCUGCUGCGCCGCAGCACGCCCGCCCAGGCACCAGCGCUGCUGCAAGUGGUGCUGACAUCACACUGCACCUGGGUGACGUCAUGCUGGUGGUGUGGGCCGACCCACUUGUGCACUUGCACGCGCUGCUGGCUGCUGCCACUGCGGGUGGCAGCAGCGCUGGGGAAGAGCCCCCUGUGGUGCGUGUGCAGCGUGUGUGGGUGGACCUGGGCACGGCGUGCCUGCCCUGCUCGCCUGCCCCCACGCCCCUUGCCGCGGUGGACGGGAGUGAAGGCGCUGCAGGGAGCACACAGGCGGACACGUGGCUGCGUGCGAUUGGCUCAGAGGGCCUGGGUGCGCUGGUGCAGGUGGAGGGAGUGACGGUGGGGGGGGGAAAGGCAGGGCCGUUCGAGCAGGCGGUGCAGCAGGCAGGGCAGCAGCAGCAGCAGCAGCAGCAGCAGCAGCAGCAGCAGCAGCAGCAAUGCGGGCAUGAGCAGGGGCAGAAGUGCGAGUGCAGUGAGCACAUGGAUGGGCCAGGCGAUGACAGUCAGGCUCUUGCUCUUGACCUGCUGGUGGAGCGGGUGGGCGUCACUGUGUCACGCCACCAGGUCGACACCGUGCUGCUGCUGCGCCGCCAUCUCACCACGGCGCUGCUCCCUCUGCUGCGCCCACCUGCCACCACUGCUGUCGUCACGCAGCAAUGCACGCAGGGCAGGCAGGGAAGCAUGGGUAAAGGCAACAGCAGCGGUGUCAGCAAGUAUGGCAGUGGUGCCAGCGGUGCAGUGACACGUGUCAGCAUGCGGGUGGUAGAGUGCACAGCGGCCGUGCCCCUGUGGGCGGCAGCAGCCAGUCCCCCGGCAGUCAGCAGCGCCUUCCAUGGCGCCCACGCGGCCCUCCGUGCCUCCUCGCACCUCCACGCCACCAUUUCCGACUGCUACCUCUCUGCCUCUUCAGCCUCGCUCCUGCUGCUCACAAGCAAUUCGCGCCCUGGUUGUUCCUCUGCUGCAGCAGCAGCACCACCGGUGGUGCAUGGCAGGGUGGGGCGAGUGGCAGUGGAGGCGGUGAGGGCGGGCAGGCGCCAGGCAGGUGCGCGGGUGGGGGCGACAGGGCUUGCCCCCGCAAGGGUGGUGGAGCAGCGCUUCACUCUGCUCGCCCUGCCGCACACUGCCCUCUCGCCACCUUCUCCCCCCGCCCCUCACCACCCCUCCUACACUCCUCCACCCGACGACUCCCCUACAGCAGCACACCCGCCUAGCAUGCCCCCCAAGCAGCCCUCAGAGCCCCACAGCCCUCCUCACCCUACCAGCCCCCCUGCUGUUGCUGCUGCUGCAGCCAGCCGUGCCGGCAUGACGUGGAGAGUGGUGGAGGAGGAGAGGCCGUGUGGUGGCGGCACGGGGGGACUGGGAGGCAGGGCGCAGAGCGAGGCGGGGGAGGGCGGGGGGGAGCAGAGGGGGCGGGGGUGGGUGGAGGUGGAGGCGCAGCCCUUGAUGGUGGCGGCUGAUGCGCAGCUCGUGCAGGAGGUGACUGCCCGCCUGCUCUGCACGCUGCUCCCUCUGCUCUCUCUGCCUCUUCUCUCUCUUUCCUUUCGCUUCUGCCUUCACCAUUGGCCGCCCUUCAUUCUGCUCCCUGUUCUCACCUCCACCACACCUGCCACCGCCCACCGCCCACAGGUCGUCGCCUCGCUGUACGACGUCCUCCCUCGCCUGCGCGCCCCCCAGCCACCACCACAGCAAUCGUCUGCUCGGCACACAGGGAGAGACCCUGCUGCCUGCUCCUCCACCACCCACCAUUCGCCAGGCAUGCCCCCCGAACACGGCUCACACACGGCACAGCAGCAUCACGCUCAGCAGCACGCAGCCCCUGGGGGAAAGGGCAGUGCCGCACCGCCCAGAGGGUCGGUGCCGGUGGCACGGCUGUGGGGCGUGAAGGUGACGAGUGGAGGCGCGCUCAUCUCACUGCUCUCAGCCUUCGAAGCCUUUCAUGCAUCGCAAGGGUGUGAAGGGCCAUCCACCCCUGACACGCCCCGCGCCCACAAGCCGUGCGUAUCCUCCCCACCGGCCGCCUCUGUGUCGUCCCCCUCUGCGCUGUCCCGCCUGUCCCGCCUCUCCAUCUCCUCCCACUUCGUCGCUCACGAUGACCCGGAACCCCACCCACCGUGGCAGGGGGACGCGCAGCAGCAGGGCGAGCAGCAGGGCGAGCAGGAGGAGAAGGAGGGUGUGCAGGGAGGAGCAGGGGUUUCGGUGGAGUUAGAGAGGUGCACGCUCACCCUCUCCCUCGUGCCGUCACUGCAUGACAUCCGCCGAUUCGCAGGCACCCACGAUGCCUCCUGCCCAGGCCGCAUCAUCCCCCCCCACAUGCCACCCACCACCCACUCCCCCUCCUUCUCCCCUUCACACCCCUCUUCGCACUGCCCCCUGCCGCCCUUCCUCAUCCCCACCAUCGACCUGCAGUCGGCCCACACUGUUGUGCGUCUGCUCAGCACCGACCUACUCUCCAGCCCCACGCUGCUCACCCAUGCCCACACCACCGCACUGCACCUCACAGCACUGGGCACGCCCUUCCCCCUGCGCCUCACCAUACACACGGACUUCGCCGCGCCCUGCCUGUGCCCCAAGGUGCUGCUGCCGCUGAUCCGCCUGGCCAGGUCGCUGCGGGGUGCGUGGACAGCAGCCAGGGCCGUGCGCCUGGCGCAUGUGCAGCCGGGCAGCCACGUGCCGGGUGGAGCGCCGAGUGACGACCUGCGCAGCGGGGCGUUUCAGUGCAGCCAGAGGGGGGGGAGGGUGCAGGGCGGGGUGGCGGGGUGGGAGGAGGUGGGGGCGGGGCAAGUGGUGUGGGGCGAGGGCGUUGCCAGCAGGGACAGGCCGCUCAGCAACAGCUGCUUAGGGGGAGGCUGGGUUGCAUGGCGGUAUGUGCAUGGCGGUAUGUGCAUGGCGGUAUGUGCAUGGCGGUAUGUGCAUGGCGGUAUGUGCAUGGCGGUAUGUGCAUGGUGGUAUGUGCAUGGCGGUAUGUGCAUGGCGGUAUGUGCAUGGCGGUAUGUGCAUGGCGGUAUGUGCAUGGCGGUAUGUGCAUGGCGGUAUGUGCAUGGCGGUAUGUGCAUGGCGGUAUGUGCAUGGUGCUACCCCUACCCCCGUGCAGUGCACCAGCUGGUCAUCACAGCGCCUCUCCUCGCCGGCCCUCUGGCCUGGCGCCUGCCCGCCGUGGCGCUGCGCCUCGCCCGCUUCGACCCCGUCCGCCGCGCCUUCCUCGACGCCCUGCCCCCCGUGCUCUGCCCGCCCUCCCCCUCGCCCUGCACGCUGCACACCGCUCACGCCACCUGCCCUGCGUGCCCCGCGUGGCCCCCCGUAGUGCUGGAGCCGGAGGGGGCGGAGGGGGAGGGCGAGGCGGAGCUGUGGCUGCUCUCGUGGUUCGUGCCGCUCAACCCCGCUGACGUCAUGCACCCCUUCACACCCGUGGGUCAGCACCACGCUCACACUGCCAUGCACGCUCCCACCGCACCCGCUGCUGAUGCCGCCUCCUCUGCGCUCCCAUGUGCCCCCUCUGCCUCGCUGACCGGGGCGCUCUCUCUGCUCUCCACUGUGUACGGCUCGCCCGCUGCCGCCACCAUCACUGCCGCCGCCACCGCUGCUGCCGCCUCAACCCACGCCCCUGCCACGCAGGGCACGCCACGUGCCUUCCCAGCCCUGUCCGCGGGCCCCAUGCUAAACGCCCCGCUGGACACGCACGUGCUGCCCGCCUCGCUGCUGCUCGCCCGUCUGCUCAUCAACCCCACCUGCGCCGGCCCCCACACGCGCCCGCGCCUGCCCUCGCCGCCCCUCGUGCCGUUCCUGCGCAUUGGGUUGGGCGUGCGGCUGGUGGAGGUGCGCGUGGUGGAGGACAUGGAUGCGGGCCAGGGGCGGAUGAGGGAGGCACUGGUGGUGGGCGGGGAGGGUGUGCGGGUGUGCGUGCACCUGUGGAGCACGCGCAUGUGGGCGGUGCAUGGUGCUGCCACCGUGUGCGCCGAUGCUGUUGAUGCCAACGACCUCUCUGAGCUGCCACUACUGGAGCCCCUCCCCCUGCGCGCCUCCCUCAACGUGGGCAGCAGUGGGAGUGGGGGCGAGGGGGGCGAGGGGGGCGAGGAGCACGGUGCGACGGUGCAUGUGAGGGCGGCGUCUCUGAGAGCGCUGCACCGCCUGCUGCUCGCAUGGACGGGGCGAGGAGGGCAGACAGGCACGGGGCAGAGCGAGGUGGGAGGAGGUGAGGGGGGGAUGGGGGAAGCAGGGAAGAGGAGGGAGGAAAGGGGUGAGGUUGAGCAGGAGGAGAUGAAGGGGCAUGGGAGGGUGCAAGAGAGUGAAGAGAAGGGGUUGGCUUCGGGUAGGUGCGAGGCGAAUGAGCGCAGUGCAGCAGAGGCAGGAGAAGGCGUGCAGAGUGGAAAUCAAGGAGGAGUGCAAUCACAGGCGCUCUCCUCUCCUCCCAUCCUCGCAUCCUCAUCCUCUCCUCUGUUCGGGUACACCUUGGAGAACCGAUGCCCUGUGUUGCUCCAGCUGGGCCAGCACGGCACCCAAGAGGCCAUCUCCCUGCCGGCCGGCUGCUCGCUAGGCUACAGCUGGCGCCGCCCACCCUCGCUUGUGCCGGGCGCCGUGUGCCAGCUGCGUGCGCGCAUUGGCCAAUGGGAGCGAAGGGGGCAGGGAGACGGUAUAGAGGUGGCAUGUAGGAGCGACGGAAGGGAUGGUGGAAGAGGGAAAGAAGGUACGGAGUGGGAGAGGAUGAGCGGGGAAGGGGGUAGAUGGGUCGUGGAACGAGGGGGAGAGCAGCAGGAGAUGCAUGUACGUGGAGCAGGUGAAAAAGAUGGCGUGGCAUGCUGCGAUUGGUCGGCGCCUUUUGAGGUGGACACAGGUGGGCGGCACUCGUUCCUCCUCGCUGUCCCUGUGCUCCCAGACGCCCACCUCGCUGCCUCCGUUUUUGUCACCAUCACUCCCAAACGUGGUUGCAUAGGGCAUGUGCUCUUCACACCGAAUGUGCUUAUAUCGAAUCAUACAGGACAGGGGUUGGCAGUGGAGAUGCGGGGCGUUGUGCUGCCAGUGGGGGGCAGCAGCAGCAGCAGAGGGGAGGGCGAAUCAUGCAGAGUGCAGGUGGAGGGGCGAGUGCAGGGUGGCAGGGGGCAUGUGUCACACGUGCUGGUGGCAGGGAGGAGGGGCGGUGACAGGGAGGGCUUGGGAGGGGAUGCACAUGUGAACGGGGGUAAGGAGUCAGAGGGAGUGGAGAUGCAGGGAGUGCAGGGAGGGGCGAUGGAGGCAGCAGAGGAGAGGGACGAGGUGCUGGCAGUACAGAGGGGCACGCGCGCUUGCAGGGCUGGCAGGGCUGGCAGGGCAGGCAGUGCACCUCUGCUGCUGCGCGUCCGCCUGGCAAGCGAGGGGCGCUGGUCCGCGCCCCUUGCUGUUGCCCCCCGCUACCUUGGCCUGCCGUCUGGGAGUGACGCGGGAAUAGGGCUUGGGGGGGCUACGGGUGGGAGAAGUGGGCGAGCGAUGGCAGCACCAUCGGAGAAGGCGGCAGUGGAAAAGGCGAGAGUGGCAGCAGCGGUGGAUGGCAGUGAUGGCUGCCCGCUCACAUUCCUGCUCACCGCUGAUGCCUGUGUUCCCGUCUACGGGCCGCCCUUCCCCCCGCCACCACACGGGCGAGAAAGUGUGUGGGUGCGCCUCAUUCCGCCCUCCUCCAUCCUCCCCCUCCCAGCUCCCUCUCCCUCCUCACUCCUCACCUCGCUUCCCUCCAGUGCCCCAGCGUCUCUGUAUGCGUGGGAGGGCCCCCUGUGUGUGCAGCUCUGGCCCACUGCCUUCCUCUGCAACGCCCUGCCACUGCCCCUCCGCGCACGCCUGCUGCCCCUGCUGCGCGCGCUCACUGCAAGCGGCAGCGAAGGCGGGCACCAGGAACGGAAGCCAGGGGGCUGUCAAGAGCAGCAGCGGGAGCAGCAGGAGCGCGAUGGAGAGGCAGAGGAGGUGGCAGUGGGGGCGGCGGAGGAGGUGGCAGUGGGGGCGGCGGAGGAGGUGGCAGUGGGGGCGGCGGAGGAGGUGGCAGUGGGGGCGGCGGAGGAGGUGGCAGUGGGGGCGGCGGAGGAGGUGGCAGUGGGGGCGGCGGAGGAGGUGGCAGUGGGGGCGGCGGAGGAGGUGGCAGUGGGGGCGGCGGAGGAGGUGGCAGUGGGGGCGGCGGAGGAGGUGGCUCUGGGCGGCGGCGUGUGGGGCGAGUGUGCCCUGACGCUGGCCCUGCCUCACAGCCCCCCUACCACUGCUGCACCCCACACGCCAAGCAGCCAUGGCAGCAGCAUGAAUGGCAGCUGGAGUGCUGCUGCCUUGCUCCACCCGCAUGCACAUCCUUCUGCUGCUGAAGCCUCCCUGUGGAGCGUGCCCCUCGCGCUCUCCCUUGCUGGGCCCCACCAGCAAACGGUCACUGUCGCUGCCAGCUGUCGGGGUGACAUCCCUGAUUGGUCUGCAGGGGGGGAGGAGGAAGAGGCGAGCAGUGCUGAUGUGGCGCGUUGUGAUUCGCUGAUCCCAGCUGUGGGGCAGCGGCGUGCUGUGUGGCUUCCACAGGCAGAUAGCGAGCGGCUCCUCUGUGUGCUGGCAGCAUCACACUAUCGCCCCUCUCACCACCCAUGUGCUUACGCUGCCGCACCUGCUGCUCUACCAGCCGAUGCGCCCCUGCCACCACCCCUACCCACGCUGCUGCUCUCGCUGCACGCGGUGGCAGUGGUGCACAACCACCUGCCCUUCCCCCUCGCCCUUGCUCUGCACGACGCCCCCUGCCCCGACCUCAUCAUCCCCCCCUCCCAAUCCCGCCCCUUCGCCUGGCCCGCCCUCUCCCACGCCCUCCUCUCCCCCUCCCGCUCCUCUGCGCCCUCCGCAUUCUUCCCGGCUUCCUCUGCUGCUGCCUCCUCUCGUUCCGCGCCGACUUCUGCAUCAGGCCCGGGUGCCAAGCCUAGGAGGCCGGCUCGGGGGUGGUCACGCCUGCUCCUCCCCGACCCCUCUGGCACCUGCCAUGCCGCCCUCCUCACCGCCUCCCUCCUGCCCUCCGCCGGCCAAUCAGAGGGCGCCACGUGGCAGCCACACCUGGUGGUGCACGUGGAUCCGCAGCCGCAGUGGCGCAUUGAGAACGGGACGGGCGUGUGUGUGGACGUCAGAGGGGUGGCGGAUGAGGCGGAGGCUUUCGUAGCGCGAGUGGGGGCGGGGAGGUCACUUGCCUUCCAUGCUGCCUCCCUGCCUCUCCGCGCCUCCUCUUCCGCUGCUGCCUCUGCUGCUGCUGCUGCCGACAAUGGUGGUGCUGCCGAUGCAAGGCGCGGCGAUUGGAGUGGCAGUGGGGCAAGCGAAGCAAGGCGUGAGGGGAGUGAGUGGAUGCAGGCGGGGGUGGUGGGGGGGAUGCCCAUUAAGAAGCGCAAGUGGCAUGGCCGCUCACAGCACCACCACAAGCACAGACAUGCGCAUGCACCAAGACCCGGUGCAUUGAAUCUGGACGAGGAGGCGGACGAUGCCCUCAUGGCCCACAUUCAGCGCGUCUCAGCCGAUGGGCGCGUGGCACAGGGGAGCACAGGCGCGCGAGCAGCAGCGGGGGGCAUCUGCGUGCGGGGAGAGGGGGCGCGGGAGUGGAGCGAGCCCAUCACAUUGGGGCGAGGGGAGGGAGCAGGCGAGGGCGAGGGGGAGCUGUUGCUGCACGUGCCGUGUGGUGGCAGCAGGGGGGCGGUGGAGGGCGGGGGGCACUCGGUGCUGCUGCACGUGUGUGUGUGGAGGGAGGGUGCCACCACGGUGUGCCGCAUCGCUCAUGCCGCCUCUCGCCCUUCCAGCCCCUUCGCUCUGUCCUUGCCUGCCUGCAGCAUACCCCCUGCCAUGGCGCCUCUGCCGCCUGCUGCUCUGCACGUGGGUGUGCAGCGAGAGCUCGGAUCCACCAAGGACAUGCGCCAUGACUCACCGCAGCAGCUGCACGGUGCCUUUGCUCCCAGCCACUUGCAAAAUGUGCACCCAACCACACAAACAUAUUCCCCAUCUCGCUCAUUCCACUCGCCCUCCUCACCACCUUCCCUUGCAUCCCCCAAUUCCCCCGCCUCCCCUUCCACCCCUCUCACUCCCCCCACGCCUCACCCCACCACCUACCUCCUCCUGCGGUCGCACACGCUCUGCCUCGCCCUGCCCUCCCUCCACCUCGUCCUCUGGGACGACCUGCGUCGCCAUGCCUCCGAGCCACACCUGCUUGGGAACAAGGCAAACGAUACCAUGCAGGUGCACAACCUGCUGCCUGGCGCGCUUCUGCCUCUCCUCCUCAACAUCCGCCCUUCCUCUCCCACCCUCACCACCACUGGCUCGCCAGCUGGUGGGAAGGGUGAGGCGGGAGGUAGAGGAGACAACGAGAGAGGAGGGGGCAGGCAAGUGUGGGGCGAAGAGGAGAAGCAGGUGGCAGCAGCAGGGCAUGGAGAGGAGAGGGGGAAGGAAGAGGUGCAGGCUGUACAGGUAGAAAUCGUGCUGUCACAGCACCCGUUGCAGCAGUUGAGAGGAGAAUGGAGCAUGAGAGAUGAGGGCAACUCUGGAGUGGAGCGGGUGAGCUAUGUGACAGGUGUGGAGGCGGUGUGUGUGAGCGUGGGGCACGUGGAGGCAUGCGCUGAUGACUGCCUGCUCUCCGCCCUCACCCACUACAUGCCCAUCGCCCUCGCCUUCAUGCAGAGCAGCAGCCAAUCAGAUGAUACCACGUGGCAGAUGCACAUGCAAGGAACAGACAGUGAUAGCCGACCAAGUGUGCAAGGCAGCACACAAGGCUCCCCAGCCAGGCGCCCUGUGCUGCCCUCUGCCGCGCUGCUCUCAUCAGACGCAGCUCUCAUCCGCCUGUUCGCCCUGCACCAUCUGCUCUCCGCUCCGCCCCACCGCCUGCCUGACAUCGCCCUCGCCACCACCCCCUCUAUCUUCCUCGGCCUUUGCCGCAUCUCCCCCCUCACUCUCUCCCUCACUCUCCGCAUUUCCUCCCCCCUCCCUCUCGACACCACCGCCACACCGCUUACGCUCGCACCACUCCACCUCCCGUCUCUCCUCUGCCCACGAGCUGCCCUGAUGCACGCCAUGCUAGCGCACUACAUAACGGAGGGGCUGCUGUGUGUGCCGCGCGUCAUCGCCUCGCACCACCUGCUGCUCAACCCGCUGGGCCUGCUCCACAGCGUGCGCGCGGCGUGCCGCGAUCUGCUGGUGCUGCCGGUGCAGGGCUCGCUGCACGCGGGGCCGCACGGGCUGCUGCUGGGCGUGGGGCGCGGGGGACUGGCAGCGUGGCGCCACGUGUCGCAGUGGACCGCCGCCUCGCUCUCCGCCUUCUCCUCCAGCGUUGGGAGGCUUGUGAGACGCGCGUACCUUGGAGAAAGGGGAGGUGGCAACAGGGGCUUGGUAGGCGAGGGGGAGCAUAGGAGCGGCAGUGGUGGUGCACAUGGGAACAGAAGAGGUGCAGCUGGUGGUAAUGGUCACCAUCGCGUGACAGGUGGUGAUGCUGCUACGGGCAGCAGUGGCGGAGGCAGAGGCGGUGGGGGAGUGCAUGGUGGCAUGGGGCUGGCUGUGGGGCACCACCGCCGCGUGCGGCUCACACUCUCAUUGGCGCACAGGCCUCGCCUUCCCCACCACUACCGCCACUGCCAUCGCCAUUCGCAGCACGAGCACGAGCAUGAGCAGGAGCACCUGACAGAAAGCAGUUAUCCAGGCACAGGCAGGUGGGGCCACAGCGAGAGUGGUGACAGAGAGCAGGAGAGGCGGCAGCACGGGCAGGCUGCAGCGCAGCAUACGACGGGGUCCACGGGGGCUGGUUCUGUUGGCCGUGCGACAGGCGCACAUGGCGCAGAGGCGGAGGGGGCAGCAGUGCCACUUGCAGCGCAGGGCAGGGAAGACCAUGGUGGCACGCCUGCCACCUGCACUGGGGAGGUGGGCAGCACGGGGGGCAGCAGGGAUGGCAGUGCUGCUGGCAGGGAGGGGCGAUGCAGGGAGGGCGAGGCGCGGCAGGUGUCGUUGCUGUGGCAGGUGCAGCAGAGGGGCGUGCGCUGUGCUGCCAGCCGCUUCAUGCCUCCCCUGUGGCCACCGCGCCCCCAAGCAUUCUACCUCACGCACGUGGAUGCCAGCACGGCAGUCGUCACCACCACCAGCACCGACAUCCCCCCUCUGCUGCUCCGCCGCCCGCUGCUCCUGCUCACUACCACCCACUUCCUCGCCGUUGACCAAUCAGGGCUCGGCAUGGCUGCAUGCCUCCCACUGUGCGGGCUAGAAGUGAGUGUGGAGAGAGGGGAGGAAAUGGAGAGGGGAGGGGAGGAACUGGAAAGGGGAGGGGGGAAAGGGGAGGUGGAGGAGGGAGGGAGUGUAGAGGGGGCCGAGGUGGAAUUGUCGCUGACAUGCUUCUGUGGUGGGGGUGGUCGGCUGUGCGGCAGUGUGAGUGAGUGGUGGCACACGCUGCCACACCACCCCACCCAGGGGAAGCCCACUGGCGCUCUGGAUGGUGGAAGCAGUGAGAGGCACGGGGGUGACAAGGGUAGUAGCAUGGCAGAGGGUGUGAUGGGUGGGAGAGGCGGAGGCGGGGAGGCAGACGCUGGGAGAACAGCGGAGGUGCAAGGGGGAGGGGAUCACUCGGACUCGACGAUAGGCCUGCAGGUGUACUGCCAGGUGGGAGAAGCAGCUCACAUCCAGCUCGUGCCUCUGCUGCUCAGACACGUGGCUCGCUGUGCUCCCCAUUGA